AUGGCAUCAAACAGCAUCUUCGAUUCCUUCCCGACCUACUCGCCAACCUUCAUCCGCGACCCGAGCACCAGCCGCCGCUUCACACCUCCCUCCACGGCCUUCCCCUGCGGCGGCGGCGGCGGCGGCGGCGGCGGUGGCAAGAUGGGCGAGAACAGCGGCGCGCUGAGCGCGCAGGCGGCCGUGGGGCCCGGCGGGCGCGCCCGGCCCGAGGUGCGCUCGAUGGUGGACGUGCUGGCGGACCACGCGGGCGAGCUCGUGCGCACCGACAGCCCCAACUUCCUCUGCUCCGUGCUGCCCUCGCACUGGCGCUGCAACAAGACGCUGCCCGUGGCGUUCAAGGUGGUGGCGCUGGGGGACGUGCCGGAUGGAACUGUGGUGACUGUCAUGGCCGGCAAUGAUGAGAACUACUCUGCAGAGCUGCGCAACGCCUCCGCCGUCAUGAAGAACCAGGUGGCCAGGUUCAAUGACCUGCGCUUCGUGGGCCGCAGUGGACGAGGGAAGAGUUUCACGCUGACCAUCACUGUGUUCACCAAUCCCACUCAAGUGGCCACCUACCACCGAGCCAUCAAGGUGACUGUGGAUGGACCCCGGGAACCCAGACGGCACCGGCAGAAGCUGGAGGACCAGAACAAGGCGUUCCCUGACCGUUUUGUGGAUGUGGACCUGCUGCGCAGGCGGGUGACCCCGAGCACGCCCAGCCCCCGCAGCUCACUCACCCCAAGCCACUUCAGCAGCCAGGCCCAGACCCCCAUUCAAGGUACCUCGGACCUGAACCCCUUCUCGGACCCCCGCCAGUUCGACCGCCCCUUCUCAGGGCUGCCUAACCUCCCGGAGAGAUCCUUCUCCGACCCCAGGAUGCAUUACCCGGGGGCCAUGCCCGCGGCCUUCUCCUACAGCGCCACGCCCUCAGGCACCAGCCUCAGCGGCCUCAGCAUGCCGGCCACUAGCCGUUUCCACCCCACCUACCUCCCGCCGCCCUACCCUGGGGCCCCGCAGAACCAGAGUGGCCCCUUCCAGGCCAACCCAUCCCCCUACCAUCUCUACUACGGCACCUCCUCCGGCUCCUACCAGUUCUCCAUGGUGGCCGGCAGCAGCAGCGGGGGCGAACGCUCGCCCACCCGCAUGCUGGCCUCCUGCACCAGCAGCGCCGCCUCUGUGGCCGCCGGCAGCCUCAUGAACCCCAGCCUGGGCGGCCAGAGUGACGGCGUGGAGGCCGACGGCAGCCACAGCAACUCGCCCACUGCUCUGAGCACGCCGGGCCGCAUGGACGAGGCCGUGUGGCGGCCCUACUGACCACCUGGGGGCCAUUGGACUGCUCCUGCUGGCAGCGGGGACCCCACGAGCCUUCUCAGCAGCGGCUGACUCAGCUCAAGGCUCAGGGCAGGGAUGGGGCGUAUGCUCCAGGGCAGUCUUGGGCCCAGGGUCCCUGGGACUCAGGGCCAGAGCUGGUGGGGGGCUCUGAGAGCACCUAGUCCAGCCACAUCUCUGUACAGAAGGGCCAGGAGUGG